UCUCUCUCUGUGGUGGUUUACUAUACUUCUCCAUUCUCGAGCGCGCCACUUCAUAUUUGUCCUCGGUCGCGGCAACACCACUGCCACCUCACACAGUCAUCACCAUCAACGCCGCCACCACCACACCUCCCAUUCACCCUACGACCUUUCAUACCAGCAAAUGUCUUCCCAGAAAGUCAAGAACUGAGUGGGCCACGUCAAGAUGGUCUGCAGUGAAACCCAAAGCCAGGCUGGGAAAGACAGGGAUUGCAUAUUAGGUCGCUGUGAUGCAAGACAGGAUAGCAGGAACGCACGGUGUCUUUCCCACAAGUCACCAGGAGAAGGUAGGGAGGUAGAGGAUGUCCAUGAGGUCUCUUUACCAAGAAGCUCCGACAGUGCAAGACGUGAUGACAACAAUGGACUGUUCCCUUUUCACAACACGACGCAAGAAGUUCAAAACCCAGACAGUGUCAAUGAGGGACUAAAUUCUACACAACCAAAGGAAAAUGCAGGUACAGAAGUUGUACAUUUUGAACAAAAUGCCCACUGUACUCCAAGCUUAAGUUGUGAAGUAGGAGAUGCUGAUCGACAUGCAGGAACACAGGAAGAUGACUUCAAAAAUAAAGAGUCUGCUAAUAUCACGGUCAAGGGAUUGAGCGGCAAGGCAGAGGAGACCACUGGAACACACGACAAACCUGCUUACUGCGUCCAGACAAUGGUGACGUUACUGAUGGCGUGGGGUGUGCUGGCUGCCUGCACGUCCAUGUCCUUCCCAGGAGUCACACUACCCCAGUUCACUGAUCCUGACACCGACGACCUGUACCUGGAGUCCCAGAGCCUGUCACUUUUUGUGAGCAUAGUACACGCCGGUACAAUGGUAGGCUCCCUGGUAGCUGGCCAGCUGCUGGCUCCCUUGGGUGCGCGCGUCACCAUCCUCAUCGGUCUGCCACUUGCUAUGGUCAGCUGGUUGGGCCUCUUUUUCUCCAGUCAGUUAUGGAUCCUGCUGACCUGCCGCAUCCUGCAGGGCUGUGCCUUUGCCCUGGUGAAGCCCUCCACUAUCAUGUAUCUAGUCGAGGUAGCACAUGAAAGCGUACGUGGGCGGAUAGUGGGCGUGGUGGGUAUCACCAAGGAAAUUGGUUUCUUUUCUUCUUACUUAUUAAGCGGGUUGAUGCUCACGUGGCGACAACUGAGCCUCAUAAUUGCCUGUAUCCUGGUGCCGCCUACGAUUGCUGUCUUUUUCCUGCCCAAUUCGCCUCGCUGGCUGACAAUCCACGGCCGCAUCCCCGAGGCCCGCAGAUCCCUUGUGUUCUUCAGAGGUCAUCACUACGACGUAGAGGCGGAGCUGCGGGAGGUGAUCCGUCAAGCUAACGAGACAGGCUCCAACACCAGCGCACGACAACAACUCAAGCUCUUGUUAAGACCCGGAACGCUAAAAAUGUUUCUUUUCGUUUUGUUCAUGUUUAUAAUAUAUCCCCUGCACGGCAGCGCCAUAUUAGGUCCUUACAUGACGAUAAUCUUGGACACUCCAGGCAGGCCUCUCGAUCUCUCCCUGAGCAGCUUCCUGUGUAGUAUUGUCAAGAUCGCUGGUGGCAUUACCAAUUUUAUUAUCAGCGAUUACAUAGGACGAGUAUCCAUCAUGGUGGUCGCCUUUAACUUCAUGGCUGUCAGCGCCUUCGCCUAUGCCUAUUAUAUCUAUUUUCUGGAUAUUGAUAGCCCUAAUACUGCCACGUGGAUCCCGCUCGCUUCAGUCAUCACCCUACAGUUUAUUGCGGGCAUCUGUGGACCCACCUUAGAUGUAACGCAAGGAGAACUUCUGCCAAAUUCUUGUCGGGCAGCCAGCAUGCCCAUCAUAACACUUCUCAAUGGCCUGUGUGUGUUUGGAGCAACGUCAUCGUUUUAUUAUCUGUUAGAGCUUAUUGGCAAGACUGGCAUAUUUGGCAUCUUUAUAACAGUCAACAUUAUUAUGGCUUUGACUUGUUUGCUGGUCAUGCCAGAGACACGUGGCAUGUCACUGGAGGCAAUCAGUGAUGCCGUUCACUCAACAAACCAUAAAGUUAUGAAAAAUGAUGUUGUACAUGAAAAUAAUGUAAAUUCUAUUCAAUCUGCUUGAGUGAGUGGUCUGAAUGUUAGUCAUCCUGUCUUAUACAUGGCCUCAAGGGAAGGAGUGCAUUGCUUUCCCACUCCUUGACCUCCACUGUCAUUUGCUGAAGCUCCUCAGGUGGCCAGGGUCAACCCACGGCCUCGAUGGGCCAGCUGGACCGGAAUUGAUGUCUCCAACACUUGAGUUAGCCUCCACUAGUCACUCACUCUCUGUUUGAUAUGCAGCUCAUUGUAUUCCUCACUGUUAUGACGCAUUGCCCAUUUUAUUGCUCACUGUCAACAUGUAGUGAUCAUUGUGCUCCUCAGCUUCAUGUUGUGCUACUGAAUGCAAUCCUUCCUGUUAGAUUGCACUACUCAUUGUACUCGUCACUACUAAGAUGUACAAGUUAUUAUACUCAAUUAUGACAUACUUGUCUUGGUGAUCCACGUUAUAAUACAAAUUACAAAAACAA